GAGAGAGAGAGAGAGAGAGAGAGAGAGAGAGAUUCGGCUUUGCUUCUGAGUUUCUACUUGGUGCAACAACAGCAACAUCACCAACAGGAAUCAUGCCAGAUACCAAGGCAGUUACCAUCUGUACAAGAAAAUUUAUGACCAACCGUCUCUUAUCUAGGAAACAGUUUGUUAUUGAUGUUCUCCACCCAGGGAGAGCUAAUGUAUCUAAGGUGGAGUUGAAGGAGAAAUUGGCGAGGAUGUACGAGGUCAAAGAUCCAAACUCAAUUUUUGUCUUCAAGUUCCGUACUCACUUUGGUGGCGGUAAAUCUACUGGAUUUGGUCUUAUUUAUGACUCUGUGGAGAAUGCAAAGAAGUUUGAGCCGAAGUACAGGCUCAUCAAGAACGGAUUAGCCACAAAGGUGGAGAAGUCACGAAAACAAAUGAAGGAGAGGAAGAAUCGGGCUAAGAAGAUACGCAGUGUCAAUAAGACGAAAGCAGGAGAUGCUACAAAGGCCGGGAAGAAGAAAUGAAGUAGUGUGCUUGUUCUCCCAUUUAGUUUAUUUUUGGUCCUUUUUUGCUUUAGGACUUAAGAAUCUAUUUAGUGAUUUAUGUUA